AUGUAUCUCUUAUUCCUGCGGCUACAUUGGCUUUUGUAAGCUUCGUUACAUUCGUGGAGUGGAUCCACGAGGAUUGCCUUUUAUCUACCUUUCGGAGUGCUGUUUAAUCGGCUGUUUUACAGUUUCUAUUCUUUGCCAUUGAACGGGUAAAAUAAUUAACGCGUGUGAAGUAUUUUCAACCACGCUCCGUGUUAUUCAUAGCAGUCUAGUUAGCUAACAUCACAGCGCCUUGUCGUUCUACUCGUUCUUUCUCAUGCGGAUGUCUGACCAGACCCUGGAGUAUUUCUUGAGUCAGAGUCUGAUAAAGACGAGGGACGCUGCUGAGGUGAAAUGGUCGCACGCCGUCAACAGCAGGAGCCGGCUGACAGAGGUUCUCACAGGUCCCACUCAUAUGAUUGAGGCUGACAUAGUCAUGAGAGGUCGUGACCCAAAAGAGCCAGUCAUGGCACACCCCCCUGAAACGGACAGCGACAUCACUCUGAAGGAGUGGCUGGAAGGAGUGAAAGGAUACAACAAGGGAAUAAAACUAGACUUUAAGAGCCUGGAGGCUCUGUCUCCAUCUGUGCUUCUGCUGGAGGAAGUGCUGGCUGACUGGAACCGUCCAGUGUGGGUCAAUGCAGAUAUUCUCUCUGGUCCUGGUGGACAGGCCAGACCUGUGGAGCCUCAGGCAUUUCUCUCUACUGUGAGAACUCUUCCCACUCACAUUGUGCUCUCCCUCGGCUGGACUACAGGAUGGACUGCUGGGACAGAUAUCCUAGGUUACAGCUGGGAUAUGGUGUGUGCGAUGGAGGAGAUCUGUAGAACCCUUCAACAUCCAGUCACCUUCCCAGUACGAGCAGCUUUCAUGGCCCAGUCAUUCCCCCAGCUCACAUGGCUGCUGCAGCAGUCAGACAGGUACACUUUAACUGUGUGGACUGGCCAGAAUGACAGGUUAACUCUACAGGACUUACUGCCCUACAAAAAACAGAUUGACAGCAGUAGGAUCUACUAUGACCUCCCGGACCUUUGAGAGACAGAAAAUAACUUAAAUUGUGAAAUGCUGCAGAGUUACAUCUCUUCUGGUCUCUAGCAACAAGUAACCUGUUAACAAGUUAAACUGCUGCAUUCAAGAUUGUACAAUUAUAUGAGUAUGAUUAGCAAAAUAACGUAGAGGGACUUAACAACAGGCCAAAAAGUACUGUUUUGAUGUCCUGUUGCACCUGUAAUCACAUGCAGUGAUGUCACAGGAUCUUGAGAUACACCUCUACAUCACCAGAGCAAGGGGACAAAUUAAACCACUGGAGGUCAGCAAAGACCAGCUUUUCAGGGGGUAGUAAUCUAGUCUUUAAAGUGUAAGAAGUAAUAGUACUCAUUAUACAAGAAAAAAAAGGCCUCCUAGUAUUUCAUUAUGUUAUGAUGAUCAUUAUUACCUAUGCUUUGAUGUGUAAGUAGCACUUUACUGUUGGCAGUUGGUUGAGUUGGAGCUAAUUUUGACUAUUUUAUUUUUUCAGGUUGAACUUUGUAUAUAAAUUCCUUAUAUGCAAAGUAACUAGAAACCAAUGCUGUAAAAUAGACAGAAUUGAGUAAAAUUAUUUUUCACAGACAUGUAAUGAAGUAUACAGUGACAAGAGAGGCAAGUACUUAAGUACAUGGUAUUGGUAUUUGGUUACAUUCCACCACUGUAUAAUAUGAUCAUGCAAAAUUAUGGUUAAAAUUUGAUAGUUUGAAGUCGUAAAAGACUCAGUCAGUAAGCUGGAGAUAUAUUAGCUUAUCUGGAGGCUGAAGGCUCAGCGGUGAACAGAAAUUUGACUGAUAAGCUUACUGUGUAUCACUUACUGUGCAAUAGCAGAGAUGGCAAGGACAAUCCUUUUUUUAAUCUGCUGAAGUUGUUUUGUAUCAUUAUUACUGGCUUUACACACAGUCACAGUACGGUUCUGGUGAUCACUAUUCUCUGUAAAUAAAAUGUCUAAAACAAA